AGCUGUGGAGGACUCGAAAAAUCCCCGCAGAUUUUUCCCCCUGGCUUGUCUAUCGCCAGCUGGUGAGCAUGGCUUCCAACAAGACAGCUAUGGCCCUGGGCUCGCUGGCGCUUGGCGCCGCCUUCGUCGCACCCUCCGCACCCAAAACCGGCGCCAAGACGGGGCUCCGUGCGGCCAAGCCGCAGGCACAGGCACAGGCGAGCGCCGGAGCGGCGAGCACCGCAGGCGCGGCGGUGUGCACCGCAGCGCUGCUGGUGAGCCAGGGCAGAAAGGCGGGCGCCAGCAAGACCGCGGCGAUCGCCCUGCGGGCCUUCGAGCAGGAGCUGGGCGUUCAGGCGCCGGUGGGCUACUGGGACCCUUUGGGUCUGGCCAGAGAUGGCGACGUGGAGGCCUUCCAGCGCAGGCGAUCCGUGGAGCUGAAGCACGGGCGCAUCGCCAUGUUGGCGACCAUGGGUUACAUCACCCCAGAGAUCGCCGGCAAGUUUCCAGGAUACCUCAGCCCCAGCACCGGCUUGAAGUUCGCGGACGUGCCGAACGGCCUUGCGGCCAUCUCCAAGGUGCCUGCGGGGGGCUGGACGCAGAUUCUGCUGUACAUGAGCUGGUGCGAGGUCUCCCGGGGCGCAGGCUCGGACAUCGCCAGCGGCAGGCCCGGAGACUUCGGGUGGUACGUGCUCACAUCCGCAGACCCCGAGCAGAAGAAGAAGAAGCUUAGCGCAGAACUGGCCAACGGCCGUCUGGCGAUGAUGGCCAUCAUCGGCAUGUUCUAUCAGGACGGCCUCACAGGCUCCGCCUGGGGCGACUGGGCCAACUACGCCGACAGCCCCCUGCGCGCUGCCGCGCCCGACUUCUCCGGGGAGCUUGGGGUGACCCCUCCCCUGGGCUUCUUCGAUCCUCUUGGCCUCAGCAAGUUCGACGACCCUGAGGUGGCCGCGCAGCAGUUCAAGCGCCGCCGGAUCAUUGAGAUCCAGCACGGCCGAGUGGCGAUGCUCGCAUGCCUCGGAUAUAUCGUCCCGGAGUACUUCCGAUUCCCAGGAUAUUGCUCCCCCUCCGAGAACGUGGCUUUCGCGGACAUCCCCAAUGGCCUGAAGGCUGCUCCCAUGGUGCCCCUGAUAGGCUGGGCGCAGAUCGUCGCAUUCGUUGGCACCAUUGAGAUCCUGAACCUUCAGCAGAUCCAGUCGGAUGUCCUGGGGGACUACGGCUACGGAGCUUUUGGCCUUCCCUACGGCAAGAAGAUUGAGGACAAGGAGAAGAAGAUGAAGAGCCUCAACGCAGAGAUUAACAACGGGCGCUUGGCCAUGAUGGCCAUCAUCGGUAUGUUCUUCCAGGACGGCCUCACGGGCUCAGCCUGGGGCGACUGGGCCAACUACGCCGACAGCCCCCUGCGCGCCGCCGCGCCCGACUUCUCCGGGGAGCUGGGCGUCACGCCGCCCCUGGGCUUCUUCGACCCUCUGGGCCUCAGCAAGUUCGACGACCCCGAGGUGGCCGCGCAGCAGUUCAAGCGCCGGAGGAUCAUCGAGAUCCAGCAUGGCCGGGUGGCGAUGCUCGCAUGCAUUGGCUACAUUGUUCCGGAGUACUUCCGAUUUCCAGGCUAUUGCUCCCCUUCCGAGAAUGUGGCUUUCGCGGACAUCCCCAACGGCCUGAAGGCAGCUCCCAUGGUGCCCCUCAUAGGCUGGGCUCAGAUCGUGGCCUUCGUGGGCACCAUUGAGAUCCUCAACCUGCAGCAGAUCCAGUCGGAUGUCCUGGGGGACUACGGCUACGGAGCCUUCGGCCUCCCCUACGGCAAGAAGAUCGAGGACAAGGAAAAGAAGAUGAAGAGCCUCAACGCAGAGAUUAACAACGGGCGCCUGGCCAUGAUGGCCAUCAUCGGUAUGUUCUUCCAGGACGGCCUCACGGGCUCUGCCUGGGGCGACUGGGCCAACUACGCCGACAGCCCCCUGCGCGCCGCCGCACCCGACUUCUCCGGGGAGCUUGGCGUGACCCCGCCUUUGGGCUUCUUCGACCCCUUGGGCCUCAGCAAGUUCGACGACCCGGAGGUGGCGACGCAGCAGUUCAAGCGCCGCAGGGUCAUUGAGAUCCAGCACGGCAGGGUGGCAAUGCUGGCGUGCCUUGGCUACAUCGUUCCGGAGUACGUGCGCUUCCCAGGCUAUUGCUCCCCCUCCGAGAACGUCGCCUUCGCGGACAUCCCCAACGGCCUCAAGGCAGCCCCCAUGGUGCCCCUGGUAGGCUGGGCGCAGAUCGUUGGCUUCGUCGGCGUCAUUGAGAUCCUGAACCUUCAGAAGAUCCAGACGGACGAUAUCCUGGGCGACUACGGUUACGGUGCCUUCGGCAUUCCCUUCGGCAAGAAGAUUGAGGACAAGGAGAAGAAGAUGAAGAGCCUCAACGCCGAGAUCAACAAUGGACGCCUGGCCAUGAUGGCCAUCAUCGGCAUGUUCUUCCAGGAUGGCCUCACGGGCUCUGCCUGGGGAGACUGGGCCAACUACGCCGACAGCCCCCUGCGCGCUUUUGAGAGCGAGCUGGGAGUGCAGCCGCCGGUGGGCUUUUGGGAUCCGGUGGGAUACACCCGCGACGGUGACGCGGAGACCUUCAAGCGCCGCAGGGAGACAGAGAUCAAGCACGGGCGUGUGGCCAUGUACGCCACCAUGGGCUACAUCGUCCCCGAGUACUUCAAGUGGCCAGGAUAUCUCUCACCAUCCAUGGGCCUGAAGUUCGCGGACGUGCCCAAUGGCCUCGCCGCCAUCACCAAGGUGCCGGGCAACGGCUGGGCGCAGAUCGUGGCCUUCGCAGGCUACUACGAGCUCUUCGUGUACAAGUUCAACGGCACCCCAGGCGACUACGGCUGGAAGGCCAUCAGCUCCCCGGACGCCGAGGUGCGCAAGCGCAAGUUGAGCGCCGAGCUGGCGAACGGCCGCCUCGCUAUGAUGGCCAUCAUCGGAAUGUUUUUCCAGGACGGCCUCACAGGCUCCGCCUGGGGCGACUGGGCCAACUACACCGACAGCCCCUUGCGCGCCUUCGAGGCGGAGACGGGCGUGCAGCCUCCUGUGGGCUUCUGGGACCCUUUGGGCCUCUCUGCCAGCGGCAACCUCUCGGACUUCAAGCGCCGCAGGGAGGUGGAGCUGAAGCACGGCCGAGUUGCCAUGUUCGCCACCAUCGGCUACAUCCUGCCGGAGUACUGGAGGUUCCCUGGAUACCUCUCCAAGUUCCUGGACGUCAAGUUCGCAGAUGUGCCCAACGGCCUGGGCGCCUUCUCCAAGGUGCCUGCCCUCGGCUGGCUGCAGAUCGUAGGCUUCGCAGGCCUCGUGGAGAUCAACAUCUACAACGAGCAGAUGAACGAUGAGCCCGGGAACUACGGCGCUGGCUUUCUGGGACUCCGAUCCGUCGGUAUCAUGAACACCGGCAUCACGGACCCCGAGGUCCGCAAGAAGAAGCUCAACGCGGAAUUGGCCAACGGGCGCCUGGCCAUGAUGGCCAUCAUCGGCAUGUUCUUCCAGGACGGCCUGACGGGCUCUGCCUGGGGCGACUGGGCCAACUACACCGCCAGCCCCCUGCGCGCCUUCGAGUCGGAGCUGGGCGUGCAGCCGCCCGUGGGCUUCUGGGACCCAGUGGGCUACACGCGAGAUGGCGACGCGGAGACCUUCAAGCGCCGCAGGGAGACGGAGAUCAAGCACGGGCGUGUGGCCAUGUACGCCACCAUGGGCUACAUCGUGCCGGAGUACUUCAAGUGGCCAGGCUAUCUCUCGCCAUCCAUGGGCCUGAAGUUCGCGGAUGUGCCGAACGGCCUUGCGGCCAUCACCAAGGUGCCGGGCAACGGCUGGGCGCAGAUCGUGGCCUUCGCGGGCUACUACGAGCUCUCGGUGUACAAGUUCAACGGCACCCCAGGCGACUACGGCUGGAAGGCCAUCAGCUCCCCGGACGCCGAGGUGCGGAAGCGCAAGCUGAACGCCGAGUUGGCCAACGGCCGCCUCGCGAUGAUGGCCAUCAUCGGGAUGUUUUUCCAGGACGGGCUGACAGGCUCCGCCUGGGGAGACUGGUCUCUUUACACCGACAGCCCCUUGCGGGCCUUCGAGAAUGAGACGGGCGUGCAGCCACCGGUGGGCUUUUGGGACCCUUUGGGCCUGUCCGCCAGCGGCAACACUUCGGACUUCAAGCGGCGCCGGGAGGUGGAGCUGAAGCACGGCCGCGUGUGCAUGUUUGCAACCAUCGGGUACAUUCUGCCAGAGUACUGGAGGUUCCCUGGAUACCUCUCCAAGUUUUUGGACGUCAAGUUCUCGGACGUGCCCAACGGCCUGGGCGCCUUCUCCAAGGUCCCUGCUCUGGGCUGGCUGCAGAUCGUAGGCUUCGCGGGUCUCAUCGAGAUCAACGUCUACAACGAGCAGGUGAAUGACGAGCCGGGGAACUACGGCGCCGGCUUUCUUGGACUCAGGUCGGUUGGCAUCAUGAACACCGGCAUCACGGACCCCGAGCUCCGCAAGAAGAAGCUCAAUGCCGAGUUGGCCAAUGGGCGCCUGGCCAUGAUGGCUAUCAUUGGCAUGUUCUUCCAGGACGGGCUCACGGGAUCUGCGUGGGGCGACUGGGCCAACUACACCGCCAGCCCGCUGCGCGCCUUCGAAGGCGAGUUGGGCGUUCAGGCCCCGGUGGGCUUCUGGGACCCCUUGGGCCUUUCUGCGGAUGGAGACGUGGCCACCUUCAAGCGCCGCCGCGAGGUCGAGCUGAAGCACGGGCGGAUCUCCAUGUACGCAUGCAUCGGCUACAUCGUGCCUGAGUAUUUCAAAUGGCCAGGCGACCUGUCCCCGAAGCUGGGCAUCAGCUUCGAGUCGGUGCCCAACGGCCUGGCGGCCCUGACCAAGGUGCCAGGCCAGGGAUGGGCGCAGAUCGUGGCCUUUUUGGGGACCUAUGAGCUCUUCAUCAACAAGCCGGUGGGCGAUGAGCCCGGGAACUUCGGCAAGGGCAACUUGGGCCUGGGCUUCCUGGGCCCUGUGACAAACCCCGAGGUGCAGGCAAAUGAUCCUUCGCCCGAAUGAAGGCAUGGUGACGCGUAAUAUGGGGACUUGGAAUUGCUUUCCGCACCAAAGAAGUCUCGGUAGCAGGCUCCGCUUGGUGUGCAUGAACCCACAGUCCCUUGGGCGAAGUUACGACUCCUCUUGGAGCCAUGACACUCGCGGACAUCAGGGGUCCAGACGAUGAAGCCGACGCUGGAUUGGAACUUUCCCGCGUGCAGAACAUUGG